GCAUUCUCGCCGUCAUCAAACAAUCAUGGCGGACUACCGAGAGGCGCCCUUGGCCACUCGUCCAAAAACAUUGGAUCCAAAUGAAUAUUUCAACCUUUCGCCGGAUCAAAGACGUGCCGAAGAAGACAGGGCAGCACUACGAGCGAAUCUGAAGAGGCAGUAUCAGACGCAACUCAACAACCCGCUCAGGAAAGAGCUCAUUGAAGACCCUGCACUGACACGCUGGGUGUAUGCACGCGCCAACCCCUACUUAUACUUCAAGCCCUCUUACAAGACAUCACUGUUGGGUGCAAUGUUUGGAGUUGUGCCUCUUUUUGUCCUCUACUACGUCUUCAAGACUGACAGGAAUAGGAAGGAGGAGCAGAUUAAGGCUGGAACCCUUGCGCGCAAGUUCAGUUUGUCAUCAUGAGCUUCGAUGUAUAAAGACCUCCUGUAUGUUGUAGUGACGAUGCCAGUGCGUGUAAUUAUUAUUAACCGAAUAAAAUUAUAUUGUCAAAAACAA